AUGCACUCUCCCACAGACAAACUGGACCGCUCCACUGGUCUCCUUGGAUCUAUCAUCGAACAACUUCCAGGGUUCAGUUCCUGCUUCCUUGGGGAAUUUGAUAUCCAUGAAGUAUUUGGAAAUCUUGAUGACCUUACCCACUUAGACCUCAGCAGUAUAGUGGACUUUGAAUUGUUUGCCAGGCUUAAAAAUCUGCCGUACCUCAACCUUAAUGACAACCUCAUCACUGUGCUGUUGCAAAGCAAGGGAGAUUGGAAGCUAGAAGCAUUGGAUCUUUCUGGAAACAUUAUCAGUGGAAGGAUUCCUGAAUGGUUUUGGAGAAUAGGGGCAUCCUUGAUUCUGUCAUCUAAUAAUUUCAUUGGAGAGAUCUCAUAUUCAAUCUGCCAAACUCAACGGCACCAUUCCAAGAUGUUUGGGAAAUUUAAGCAGCCUUUACUUGUUGGAGCUGUGCGACAAUCUAUUGCAAGGUCCGAUGCUGCGAUCUCUGGCAAAUUGUACGAGCUGGCGGCGUUUAAAGUAUUGGAUCUCCGGGCAAACAAUCUUGUUGGUCAGAUAUCAGAAAUAUUCAUCCCGGAGAUCAGGUUAAGGACGAUUUGCUUGCUUCAAAAUCAACUUCAAGGCAGACUGCCACGAUCUUUGGUGUAUUGUAAGAAUUCAGAAGUUCUGGAUCUCAGUAAAAGUGAGUUGGAAGGUGGCUUCCCUUACUGGUUGGAAUCUCGUCUGUAUCUGCAAGUACUUGUACUGAGAUCCAACAUGUUCCAAGGUCUGGUCGAUAGUUCUAGACAAUCUGAUCACCCUUUCCCAGAACUGCGCAUUGACCUCUCUGUCAAUGGGUUUUUCGGCCCAUUGCCGGCUAAAUACCCUGCCAACUUGAUAGCCAUGAAGGAUGAGAAUAGAAGCGGUUUACAAUAUAUAGGUGAGGGAAUGUAUCAAGAUUCCAUUGUGGUGGUCAUGAAAGGCAUCAACUUGUCCUGCAAAUUCUUCGAAGGAGAGAUUCCAAAAGUAAUUGGAGAUUUGACGGCACUCAAGGGACUCAACUUUUCUCAUAACAGUCUCCCAGGCACCAUCCCUUCUUCUAUGGGAAAUUUGACUAGUCUUGACUGGCUGGAUCUCUCCUCAAACAAGCUCAGCCGGGAAAUCCCCAGGGUAUUGGCGGAUCUUACUUCACUCUCCUUCUUGAAUCUCUCGAGUAAUCAGCUCGCAGGACCAAUUCCUCAGGGCCUGCAGUUCAAUACGUUCGAGAACGCCUUUGACAGGAAUCCCGAUCUGUGUGAGCGUCCCUUGCCAAAGCCAUGUGGGAAUGAAGCAGGACAAAGGCAACCCUCAACAGACCAUGAAGAAGAGGAGACAGAGUCUGGCAGUAGCAUUGAAUGGAGAGCUGUACUGAUGGGCUAUGGAUGCAGACUUGCGUUCAGGAUCUCUGCCGUGUACAUUAUGCUAGAAACGAGGAGACCAAGAUGGUUGGUGAGAAUGGUUGAGAGGAAACGUCUCGGGAGAGCAAAUAGACCAAAGAAAGAUGUUGCUCCAAGAAAUCACGCCAGGUACUUCUUCAUGACAAAUUUUCCUGAUUAA